AAACAAGCAUACACAUCAAUGGGAGAAGGAAAUCAAACUUCUGUGGCUGAAUUUAUUUUAUUGGGGCUUUCACAAGAUCCAAAGAUCCAGAUCUUAUUGUUCAAUGCUUUCCUAGUUAUUUACCUUAUAUCUAUAUUCGGAAAUUUGCUGAUUAUCAUCCUUAUCCAAAUUGACUCUCGACUUCACACACCGAUGUAUUUUUUUCUUAAAAACUUGUCCUUUGCUGACCUCUGUUUCUCUACCAGCAUUGUACCCCAGAUGUUGAUCCACUUUCUUGUGGAAAAGAAAAGCAUCUCCUUUGCUGGCUGCUCAACACAGAUAGUUGUCUUUCUCCUAGCAGGGUGUACAGAGUGUGCGCUGCUGGCAGUGAUGUCCUAUGACCGAUAUGUGGCUGUCUGCAAGCCCCUCCACUAUUCCACAAUAAUGACCCAGAGGGUUUGUAUCCAGUUGGCCAUAGUAUCCUGGGUCAGUGGGGUGUUUGUGUGUGCAGUAGACAGUGCAUUUACACUGUGUCUUCCCUACCAGGGACAGAAUGUAAUUAAUCACUACUUCUGUGAACCACCUGCUCUCUUAAAGCUUGCAUCAGCAGACACUUACCGUGCUGAAAUGGCCCUCUUUUCUAUGGGCGUGGUGAUCCUCCUAGCUCCUGUCUCCCUCAUUCUAGUCUCCUACUGGAACAUCAUCUCCACUGUGAUCCGGAUGCAGUCUGGCGAGGGGAGGCUCAAGGUCUUCUCCACCUGUGGUUCCCACCUCACAGUCGUGGUUUUUUACUAUGGCUCAGGAAUAUUUGCCUACAUGAGACCUAAUUCCAAGACAAUGAGUCAUAAGGAUAAAGUCAUCUCCGUGUUCUAUUCUGUUAUGACUUCCAUGCUGAACCCGAUCAUUUACAGCCUGAGAAACAAAGACGUGAAGGGGGCUCUGAAGAAGCUGGCUGGGAAAUAG